AUGGAACUUUUCGAUGCCGCGAAAAUCAGGAUGAAACCAAAGUUGCAAAGAGGUAUCUCAAGACGACUUGAGGAGACACCGGCGCAAGACGACGUCUUUUCUGCUGCCUUUCGGCAUGACAUACUGGUCGCUGCGGAUAGUCAGUUGGGACAAGACCAACUUGCCAGCAUCCGCCAACAAUUGUCGGAUGCCUGGGGUUCUGAGAAUGUCGUCGCCGUGGAAUCAUCGAGUCUGCCUAACCUUCCGAGGGAUGGCCCAUAUGUUCUGGUACAGGAAAAGAUAUUCAGACCCUACCGGUUGAAAUCACACAGUGGCCUUCGCAUUGCAGGUGAAUACCCUUCGUCCUUGAGCGUUGCUGUCCCAUCACGGGGUCCACACUCUCAUGGGAAGCGCAGCGAAAUCGAGGGUUACAGAUUCGCAAUCAAAGAUUGCUUCGAGGUUGCAGGUCUCAGAGCGACCGUUGGCUGCCGAACGUACUAUGCUGUCAAUGAACGAGCCACGACAACUGCACCUAUCAUCGGUAAAUUGAUUGAAGUUGGCGCACACCUUCUGGGCACUCUCAAGUUGGGGUCUUUGAACACCAAAGAGGAGCCAGCCGAGUCUGCAGAUUUUCAAGCAUCCUUCAAUCCUCGCGGCGAUGGGUACCAGUCAGCAUCGAGCAGCAGCGGAGGCAGCGGUGCCGCAGCCGCAUCCUACGAAUGGUUGGACUUCACUCUAGGCACAGACACUACAGGUAGUAGCAGGCGUCCAGCUUACGCGAACGGUGUCUUUCAAAUGCGUCUCUCUCAUGACGCAGUCACGCAAGAGGGCAUCAUACCCUCGUGGAGACCCUUCGAUGCUCCUGCCAUAUUUAGCCGAGAGAUGGACAUCAUCCGAAAGUCGCCAAUGUACUGCAAUUUGUCGCUCACACUCGCAAAGCCGACGCGCCUUGUGUAUCUGGAAGACUAUUACCCGUUGUCAGACAAGAGACAACAGGAUCUCUUCGAGCAGCUUUUUACUGACAUUGAGAGCAUGUAUUCCAUCACCAGAGCGCGCAUAUCACUGAGCGACCUCUGGAGCGAGCGAAAACCGGCUGGAACGUCGCAUACAUCACUGAGCUGUUAUAUGCACAAUAUUGGGAUUCUUAGCUUUUGUUACGGACUCUACCAUCAGCUGGAUGCUUUUCGCACGAACUAUCAUGAACAAUAUGGCGCUGAGCCUUAUGUAAACCCCACCACUCGGUGGCGAUGGGACGCCGCGACGAACAUUACGGCUGAGCAGUACGAGGAAGCCGUUGAUCGGUUGAAGGUCUACAAGAAGUGGCUGCUGGAGGACGUCCUCCAGAGCGCGGAUCACGAGACCUUGGUCGUUCUCCCGGUCAGCGAGCAAAUUCCAGACCCGAGAGAUCAGCCUGCCGCCCUGCCAUCGGCGCCAUCUGCUACUCAGCAGCUCUGGCUCUCGCCUAUCCUUGGUGCGCCAGAAAUCUCGGUUCCUAUCGGUGAAAUUGAUGACUUUUCUCGAAUAACUAGACAAUACGAGCCUCUUCCGGUCAUAGCAACAGUGUUAGGCUUGCCUGGGACGGACAUUGCAUUGGUUGAAAAUAUGGCCACUGUCCUCAACCACACUGGCCGGGGCGUGAAGGCGGGCACAGGGUCGAGCAUGUAUUCAACAUAUGGGUCCAGAGAGUCCGUAUUUGUUCGUCAUACCGAGGCAAAAAAACCUCCUCCACCCAAGCAGGCAUCAUGUCCUGCUGCGUGA